GAGAUUCUUUAGAGCAAGAGAGGCUUGGUAGUUUGUUCAACUAAGUGGGUCCUUUCGAUGGGUUUAUUACCCGAAAGCAAAAACUAGAAAGUGGGGUCGUCUCUCUCAUUACUACAGCUAAUUUUCCCUUCAUUUCGUUCAUAUUCUCUCCCCAUAUCAUUCAACCCUUCUUGGCAAGAUCUGAUUUGCCCCUUUACAAAAGCCAGACGGAGAGAGACAAACCCACAAGCGGAACGGAUUCAAAAUUCCAUUAACAGGGCUCUUCUUCAAUUUCUCCAUUUCCUUCUCUACAAAUUCUUCUCGAACUUCUCUACAACCCCUUUUGAACAAAGGAAAAAUGGGACCACUCAUUUGAACUGAACACUGAAGCAACCAAUCUCUUCCAGAUCUGAAACUUCUCAUUUCAGGGGUUUAGGCAUAGGAAUGAUAAGGAGAUGGGAAAGAAAGAAACUUGGUUUUCUUCUGUAAAGAAAGCUCUCAGUCCAGAUCCCAAAGAGAAGAAAGUUAAGGGCUCUAAGAAGUCGAAGAAGAAAUGGUUUGGAAAGCAAAAGCAUCCCAAUCCAGAUUCUACAGAGGCUGUGACAUUGCCAUCGCCACCUCGGCCAGAAGAGGCAAAUGUCAUCCAUUCAGAGAGUGAAGAUAACAAUGAGCAUUGCUCUGUCGAAGUUGCUUCUACAACAGAAGCAACGUCUGCAGCUACUCAAGCUAAUGAGGCUAGUGUCUCUACUAUUGAGCCAACUGUUGCUACUCCUUUUGUUGCGGCCGAAGUUGUGCCAAUCUCUACGGAAACUCAAAUUUUCAGCCCACCUAAGGAGGAAGUUGCAGCAACGAAGAUCCAAACUGUGUUCCGUGGAUACCUGGCAAGAAGGGCAUUACGGGCUUUACGUGGGUUGGUGAGGCUGAAAUCACUGAUGGAGAGUUCUACUGUGAAACGCCAAGCCUCAAAUACCCUUCGUUGCAUGCAGACUUUGGCUCGUGUUCAAUCUCAGAUCCAUUUUAGGAGGGUUAGGAUGUUGGAGGAGAAUCAGGCUCUCCAGAAACAACUCCUUCAAAAGCAUGCAAAAGACCUUGAGAGCUUGCGGAUUGGAGAGGAAUGGGAUGACAGUUUACAAUCAAAGGAGCAGAUUGAAGCCAGCCUACUGAGCAAAUAUGAGGCUGCAAUGAGGAGGGAGAGAGCUCUUGCAUAUUCCUUCACUCAUCAGCAAACCUGGAAGAAUGCUGCAAGGUCUGUCAACCCAGCCUUCAUGGAUCCAAGUAACCCCACCUGGGGUUGGAGCUGGUCGGAGCGAUGGAGUGGGGCUCGAGUGCAUGAUGUUCCUGAUCCAAUAGGAAAAGAGUCAAACAACAGUCAUUCUGGUAAGAAGAUGGCAAGUCGUGGCGUUGUCGGCGGCGAAAUCAGCAAAUCAUUUGCCCGCUUUCAGUUGAACUCAGAGAUGGAUUCCCCAACAGGCAGUCAAAAGACAACUCAUUCUGCUUUCCAGCCCUCCUCAACUCCUUCCAAGCCAGCUCCAUCUUCUGCUAUAAAAAAACUGAAGCCCCCAAGCCCAAGAAUCCUCUCCCUUCAUGAUGAUGACUCGAAAAGUAUCGUCAGCUUGCAGUCUGAAAGAUCACGAAGGCAUAGCACAGGAGGACCUUCCGUGAGGGACGACGAUAACAUGUCUACAGCUAGUGCUGUUCGUAGUUAUAUGACGCCUACUGAAUCAGCAAGAGCAAAAUCCAGAUUGCAGAGUCCAUUGGGAACAGCAGAGAAGAAUGGAACUCCAGAGAAAGGGUCUGCAGCAGCAACAGCAAAGAAACGGCUUUCUUACCCGCCUUCACCAGCCAGGCCAAGACGACAUUCGGGUCCGCCAAAGAUUGAAGUUGACCCGGAUGCAGGAAAGAGCCUUAGCAAUGGAGUUGGUGGCUAAAUUAUGCACAAAACGAUAUGGUUUUGCAGUCACAUGAAUGAACUGCUGCAGGAAGGAAAAGACUAAAGAGUGAAAAAGAUUUGUUGACCUUACAAUUUUAUUUUAUUUUAUUUAUUUUUCCACACACACCCACCCUAUGAUUUGAAGUGAUCCAUGAAAUGGUAUUUAUUCAUUUUACAUGUGUUUAAAACAUGUUCUCUGGGUAUCUGUUAAAUUCUUGAGUUUGGUACUGAGAAAACCACAGGACAAAGCAGGAUAAGUUAUGUUAUGGGUCACUGCUAUUAUUUACUUCCAUUGUGAUUAUUCUCCCCAAAACUACUGUGUAUCAUUAUUAUUUAUCCACUCGAUUUCUUUA